UAAGCUAAGAGGACGCAGAAGUGGCAGAACCAGUUUUAGUGACACAAGCGUCUUUUUUGUGGUUGGAAGCAUGACUUUUACGAAAACAUUUCUUUUUAUAGAGUAAAUUUGCGUGCAUUCUAAAUUUCAGAUGAGGUUAAUUUUAGUCAACUUCCUUCAUCUGCUGUUCUGACCAGGGUGUCAGUCAGAGCGCGCGGGCAGCUGCUGUGUGUGAGUCCAGACAGAACGCUUGAAGAGCGCAAAAGGAGAUGCUUUACAUAAACACAGCAGCGCGAGACAUCCAGCUUUAACCUAAACAAUCACAUGCACAGACCUUUAGUAUAGCCAGAGGGUAAAACCGUUUGGCUUGUCUAUGCUUGAUGACCAGCAGACAGCGGGAUGGCUGGGAAGCCAUUCCGUGCCACCUACAUCUGGACAAAUAUCAUUAACAACCUUCAAACGCAGGUUGAGGUGAAGAGGAGACGGCACAAUCUGAAAACCUAUCAUGACUGCUUCCUGGGCUCCGAGGCGGUCGACGUGGUUCUGGCUCACAUCAUUCAGAGCAAGUUCUGUGGAGAUGCCGAGGUGCCUCGUUCUAAAGCAGUACGCCUGUGCCAGGCCCUCAUAGAGGCCAGGAUUUUUGAGGCAGUGGACACCAAAGUGUUUGGGAAAGAAAAGAGGCAAGCAAAGUUUGAGGACAGCAGCUGUAGUCUGUACAGGUUCCUAAACAGGCCGACCACCAGCACAUCCAGCUUAGAAACCAUUGAGAGUGGAUAUGAUUCAUCAAGCACACAGAGGAACAGUUACAGCCCACACUAUCAAAGGACAGAGGGAUCUGUGUAUUCAAACAACUCACCUGUCAAAACGGAUACAUCUCUGGAGGAUGUUUUGGGCAAUCUGAACAUGAACACAACUAUCACACCACAGAUGAUGAAUCUGGGUUUAUCACAGGAGUUGAUGGAUGAGAUAUGGCGACAGCAGACAGUGCUGAGGCUUCUGCAACUGAUUGAACUGCCUCUUCUGGAGAGUCUGUUGGAGGGCAGAGAGAGUCCUCAUCCACCCCUCCACAGUAUGGACAGCGACCCAGACCUGCUCUAUACCAGCAGCUACCUGGACCGCGAGAUCCUGAAGGCCUUCAGUGAAGCUCAGGCAGAUAACUGGUUGUCAGCAGCUGUAGACUGUCUGGAGUUUCUUCCUGAUCAGUUUGUGGUGGACGUAAGCCGAGGUUUGGCCAAGUGUGCGGAGGAAACAUCCCAGUACAAGCAGCUCCUCUAUGGAGUCCUCAUUCAGCACUAUGGCCAGUCUGAAUACCCACCGCUGCUCAGCAACCACGUCUUUGACAUCCACUCAGGUGUCUCCGAGCUGCUUGUAAAUGGGAAGCGGGAGCAGGCGCUGGAGUCUCUUCAGCUUUGUCUGAAGCUCCAGGACUCUCGCAGUAGAGAGGAGCUCCGCAGAUUACUGCGCUUCAUGGCCCUCGCUGCCAGCCCUCAGGAGGUCAAAUUACACAAAGAGAUAGAGAACAGAAUGGCAGUAAAGAGGGCGUUUUCCAAUGCCAUUGUGUAUGGGACAAAACUAGCAAAGGGGAAGGUUGAUCUUCUGGUUCUUUUCAUGAUGGAUAACCACCACGACCUCUUUAAGAUUCCUGUCACAUUGCACAACCUUGUAAGUGACAAACUGGCCAGCAUCAUUAAGGGAACAGAUCCAGAUCUCUUUACGGGUACAAUGUAUUGUCGCCAGCUUACUGGAAAAGAUUACAUGGAAACAGUUCAGAAAACUACCAAAGAGGAGCUUUGGAGUUUGCUUAAAACUAUUCAUGAGAACUCAAAACUUUCUUUGAAAGAGAAGCGACGAUUAUUAGGACAAUUCUACAAAGGCCAUCCUGAAAUAUUUGUGCAAUAUUUUGGCAACAGAAUAUCCAGUGGUUGCAUUUAAAAGGAUCUUCAGUUAUACCAAAGAACUACUCUAUAAAUGUAAAGAAUAUCUUGUAUGUUGUAAAUAUGUAUAUGUUGUAGAAAAACCCAGAACACUAGUUUAGUUUACGUAUUUGCAUGUGAGCUCAUGUGCUGACAUAAAGGUCAAAGCUUGAUGAGAUUGAAUAAACAGCUUCUUGUGUGUCUGUACUGAUGCUAGAAUUAUAUGUUUCAGUGAAGAUUUGUUGAAAACCCAACACAUUUUCUUUAGUUUUUGUCUGCAAAUACUAAAGAUAAAACUGGCUGCUCUCAAAAUAAAGUUGCGUACAAAUCAGUACCCCACUUUGUUUUCUAAUUGGACCCAUAGAACCAAUGGAAUGUUUAUACAUCUAGCUUUGGAAAGGGAAGGUCAAACGUCCUACAGAUCCUGUUCAAGAUGAAUGUAUUCUUUGUUGUUAUGUAACAGGGAUGGUGUUAGGAAUGACUGCUCAAAAAAAAAUAAAAAAAAUA